GAGCAGAAGAAGCGGACCUUCCACAAAUUUACCUACCAUGGCGUGGACCUGAACCAGCAGCUGGACAUGUCCACUGAGCAGCCGAUGCAGCUGUACAGGCCACGCCGGCUGAACCAGAGCCUGCCCCUGCGGUGGAAGCAGCAAUCCCUUCUCAAGGGCUUGGGAAAGGCCAAGAGGGAGGCUUCGCCCAGGGAGAAGCCGAAGGUGGUGAAGACCCACCUGAGGGACAUGAUUAUCCUGCCCAAGAUGUUGGGUAUGUACAACGGCAAGACCUUCAACCAGGUGGAGUUUAACCCAGAGAUGAUCAGCCACUACCUGGGCGAGUUCUCUGUCGCCUACAAGCCCGUGAAGAACAACCGGCCUGGUACCCGUGCCACCCAACUCCUCCCCCCUCAUCCCCUUCAAUAA